AUGUUGCACCAGGUCUCAAAGGCAAUCCAGAGGAUGCAGCCUCUCAUCGCUCGGGAAGUCCAACAACAAUUGGACUCGAAAGACCCAGCGGAGGCUGUGGGAUUCGCUGUGCAAUCGAAUGCAGAUGCCCCUCCAUGGCAAGAGCAUGUACCAAUUCCGCGGUGGAUUGACCAAGGGGAUCUCUGGGGCCACUUGGCUCCCACCUUGCCUCAUCACAUGCCGACUUCGCCGCCAGCUGAAAAGAAGAACAAAGCAGGUAGCAUCUUCUGCUAUCCCAUCCAGGAGGCUGAGGAGGAUGAGAUUAGCGAGCGCAUCAUACCUUCAGUCGGAGAAAGUGAAGAAUUGAGAGACAAAACGGCUUCUGAGAAGACUUGGAGACAUUCCAGAGGAACACCAGCGAAACGCGGGAACAGCAAGAUUAGCGACAUGAGCAGUAAGAGCGCAUCUAGCACCAAUAGCAGAAACCGAAUGCAGAAGGCCAAGAAAGCUGCCAUGACUCUGCAAAUAGAGCAAAUAGGCAUUGGCGAAAUGCUCGGCAAAGCGGUAGGCGUACUUCCAGAAGGGGAUGACCAGAUACCUGCAGUCCGCACUGGGAGCCGAAAGUUUUCCGUUCGAGUAGAUGGUCGCAGGACUUCUGCCACUCCAGAGGAGCUUUGUCAGGACUAUCUGCCUAAGACAGUAUCAGGUGCCUGGCGGCGUCAAGCCAUUGUCCUCGCAGCCGAGAUGCGGGAAGACAUGGCGCAAGAGGUAGCGAUGGCCAAGAACAACAUGAGUUUCCAAGGAGGUCUCUGGUGGCUGCGGCACAUGGUGGGCCUACGUGCCUUGAACAGGCCCAACAAGGCCUUGAUGAUCAGCUGUAUGCUCUUCCUGUUCAUCCUGGUGGCCGAAUGCAUGAGCCUCUGGCUGCAGACUCAACGAUAUGAGCGGACUGCCUCCGCUCAAUUUUAUGAACAUCCCUUGUUCCAAAAUCUCGGGGAUUUUGGCAUCUUCUGCAGUGCCGCUUUCGGCCUGAUCACGCAUCAUUUCGGGGUGAAGAUGUCGGAUGUGGGCCUCGCGUCAGGGGAGCAAGAUCAGCUACUACAAGCCCACUCAGUGGGAAUGAGAUAUGUGAGAUCUUGGUUGGUUAUCUCUAAGAGGAAUGGCAAAGUGUUGGGGAUUGCCUGGUUAUGCGCAAUGCUCACGGGAAUUGCCUCGAAAAUUUACAAGGCGGCAUCUGCAGAUCAAGUAUCUGUCCCACAAGUCACAGCAGGAUGUCUGGUCUUCAUUUGCUGCUCUGGGAUCAUAUGUGCACUCUGCAUGCGCGUCAUCCACAUUUGCUCGGCAAUGAAAACCAGUUUGAUCCGCUACAUGCAGAAUCUCGCCGAAGAUGACAUCGACUUGGAAAGAAUGGCACAGGAAUGGAACACCAUCCAAAUCUUCAUCAGAUGUCUUUGCGAUGGCUGCUCUACUACGCUGCUGGCUGUGGUCUUGAUGAUUCCUGUCAUGGCGGCAGGAACCAUCUUUACCCUUCUCUAUGCUGACAGCAGCUUGGUGGAGCUCAUGGCCACCAUGGUGCCCUUCGCGACCGUGUCUAGCAUGCCAAUGCUUUGCCUUUACACUGCAGCAGACUUGACUCAGCAAUGCGAGCAGGCGCCGCAAGUGGCAAAUUCCAUGCUUGUUGGAGAGUGGGACAAUAGCUUAGCUCAGGAUCUGUUAGACUUUAUGGGCAGAUGUCAACUGGGUUUUUUUGUGAACGACAUGCGCGUCUCCAACGCUGCUGUCAUUAAGUUUUCGUACGUUUGGGCUGCGGUGUUUUUCACCAUACUCUCUUGGAGUGUCGAGCGCGUCUUGUCACAGCCGAUAAUCUGA